AUGGCAAGGUCAGAGGAGGCGUCCACAUACUACAGAAAUAUGGGUUCUUCAGGAGAUCAGGAUUCUGUUAUACUGAUAGAAACAGAUGAAGAAGAAGAUGAGAGGAUACGGGAUGAGAAUAGAUACAGACGGCUAGUACCUGAUCGCAGAAUUGGUAGGCCUCGUGACAUUCUGAAUAGGUUUGUAAGCACAAGAGAUCCUGGCGAUGAUAAUGAGACUACAACUCAUGUAUCCCAAGAAGGUGAUAAUAACGAUGAUGACGAUGACGUGGAGAUAGUGGGGGCUAUUGAGGCUCCGAGAGACCCCAACGGUCCUAUCGAUCCCGGUGCUGAAUACAUCGAUUUGGAUACGGAAGACCAAUACGCCUCUGGUCACCAUGGUUUUAAUACUCCAAGGAUAGUGGUGAUAAAUGGAGAUAGCAAUAAUGGAAACAAUGAAGAUGAUGGGUUGGAAAUUAUAGAAGAGAGGACAACACGACCUACUGUGACUUUGAACUUACCUGGCGGCGAGUCUCUACAAAUCAACGCCAGUGAUAGUGAUAGACCAGCGCAUCGUUCAUUUGAAUGGCAAGACGCUUUACCUGAACCUCGCCGUCGAUUAUUAAGAAGAAGCGCAGGAAGAAUAAGGUCCCUCUUCCUGAACAACAGUGACGAUGAAAAUAACGAUACUGCUGCCGGGAGACAAAACAAUAGAUACCUUCCUUCUAAUAUUAGAAGGCUCCGUCAAGAGGAACAGGCACAAAUGAGACAAUUAGCUCAGAGAAGAAGGCGAAUGAAUGAACAACGACCGGAAAUGAUUAGUGGCAAUCCAAGGUUCGAUGAGAUUAGAAACAGAAUAAAUGCAUACUCUCCUGAUAUUAGGAGUGCAUUUGACCACGCGCAAACGAUUCACGAGUUCAAAUCCAUUCUAGAGAAUAUUGCACCAGUGACCUUACAAGACUGUGGUGCUGAACUUAUCUCACUCUACACAGAAUAUAGAAGUUAUCUUCUACAAAAUUGGGCUACGAGAAGGGUACAAAAUAGUGCUGCGCCUGCCACUGCAGGAAGAGCUAGAACAGAUGGACGUGAUAGGAGAAGAAGAACAAGAAACCAAAGGUUAGCGAGACUUAGAUUUGAUAUGGAAUCCAACGAAGGCGGACUAACAGCGAAUAAUUUGGCUCGUAUCUUCCUUGCAAACAAUGGGUUUCAAAAUGUAUUUGAUGGAGGAGACAUACGUGAUGAUGAAGAUGGUGAUUACUAUGGAUAUAUGAAUGAAUAUGAUGAUUACAUGGGUGAGCAUGGAGAGAAUGAAGAUGAAGAGGCACAAAGGACACAAAAUAUUAUUAAUAUGAUACAAGAGCGUGAAGAAAGGGAGCAUGAUAGUAGGACGAAAGGUUUCAUGGCAAACACAAAGUCUCAACGGGAAGCUAAUCAUAAAAAGGCAAGGAAUCUACCGGAUGGAUACAGUGCAAAUUUUGAUUCUACUCCAAAGACAGUAGUAAAAGCGAUGAAAAAUGGUAAAGAAGAGGAGAUAAUAGUUGAUGACGAUGUUGCUGUAAGAAACAAUCUGAUGGAAGUACCCAUUUGUACUUUAUGUGGGGCUGAACUUGGUAUUGGUAUUCCCGAUGAUUUCAAAGGUAUUGGAGAAGAAGAUCGUGGAUUAUCAUUCCAAUUUUUAGUUUCGAAAUAUAAAUCAUACUGUCCGUAUCAAAGCUUAGCUAAACCGUCAGAGAUUGACAGACAUCUAUCUAAGAGGACAUUUGUUGCUAAAUGUGGACAUUUAUAUUGUGGACGAUGUGUUGCUAGGAUAUCCAAUGCAAAGGAAAAUUCCAGAAAGCCCAAGAAAGAGUUAGCAAAAUUAAUUGGAUCAUCACAUCCUGAGAAUUAUGGCCCAAAGAAAUGCCCUGCUGACAACUGCAAAGGGCUACUCAGAUCCAGGGGUAAAUUAUCUGAAGUUUAUUUCUGA